ACUGGCCCUGCCGAAGCUCCCGCUUCGGAAGCGUGGGAGGCGGAAGAGAAAUCAGGUUGUAGAUUUUGGUCUUGGCCCCAGUAGCUACCCCCGGGCCAUUAUAAUCCGAGAGGAAAAGGAGGCACCCGGGGCUGAGGCGCCCGAGGGGCGAAUCCCUCCCCCGCACCUGUCCUCGAGGCUGGAGGGGGGCAGGGACGGAGGAAGCAUCUAUCCCACGACUGAGAAGCCCCAGGGACCGGGUCCCUGAGCAUGGAGAACUGCACCAGGUCCCUGAGCAUGGGGAUCUGGUGCUCCCGAGGACUCCUGGCCGGGCCCUGCCCGGCUGUCAGGUCCUCGGCGCUAGCGUUGCCUGGGCUGCCGCGGCGUGUGUAAACCAAACCGGACGCCGCCUGAAGUCCUCACACAGCGGGGGAAAAAACAGCAUGCAUUCUGCCACUGCCUAGUUUCUUCCCUGCUCGUCUUCUCCCUCUGCCUUCCUCCCUUUCUGCCCCACUUUUCGUGCUUCUUUCCCGCUCCUGCACUCAAGCCGCUGUCCACCUUUCCUCUUUUUCUUUUCCCUUUUGCCCUCCGCCUCUCAUCCUCCCUGCCUUCUUACUUGUUCAUCCCUCCUUUCUCCUGCCUUUGUCGUAUCCCUCCCUCCAUCCUGUCUUCUUUCACUUCUCCACGGUCUUCCCUCAUUGCCCGUCACCUUCCACCCAAUCUCCAUCCCACGCAACAACCCUCUUUUCCUCCUAAGCAUCUUCGCUCCCUCCUCCUCCUCUUCCUCUUUUACUUUCUCCGCCCCUAGCCCCCGCCCCCAAGCCUCCGCCCCUUAGCCCCCGCCCCCAGCUGCCAGUCCCUAGCAGCGCAGUCCUGCAGUGAGUCUUGGGAGUCCAAAGCUAAGCACCAGGAGCUGAGCUGUAACCCGCUGUGCCUGCCUACAAGUCUCCGACAUGGCCCAGGAGAAAAUGGAGCUGGACUUUGAGCCUGACACAUCUGAUGGGGGCACCCUGAGGCGAUCCAACAGUGCUCCCCUGAUCCAUGGGCUCAGUGACCUUUCACAGGUUUUUGAACCUUAUACUUUUAGAGGUCGGAGAAAUAGUACGGCAUUUAUGAACUACCACAGCUUGUUGUUGCUGUCAUCCUCACCUAAUCGUAUUCAUAAUAGCAGACUGCAUCAAAUCAAAAGGGAGGAAGGCAUGGGCAUGAUGAACAGAGAAACUGAACAUGAAAGGGAAGUGCAAGCAGCGAUGCAGAUAAGCCAGUCAUGGGAUGAGAGCUUGAGCCUGAGUGACAGUGACUUUGAGAAGCCAGAGAAAUUGUACUCUCCAAAGAGAAUUGACUUCAUUCCAGUUUCUCCAGCACCUUCACCUACCCGAGGAUUUGGAAAACAAUGCUUUUCACCAUCCUUACAAAUGUUUGUGAGUAGCAGUGGGAUGCCACCAAGUCCCAUUCCAAGACGAUUCUCCAGCAGGCGGAGCCAGAGUCCAGUUAAGUGCAUCAGGCCCAGUGUUCUUGGUCCUCUGAAGAGAAAAGGUGAAAUGGAGACAGAGAGCCAGCCCAAGAGACUCUUCCAAGGCACUACCCAUGUGCUACCUUCGGAUGCUACGAAAUUUUCUGAUCUCAGUUCAUGGUGGUGUUAUCAAGGAGAAGAAAUCCCUGCCUUGACCAGAUGUGUGGAGCAUCUACAAAUGAAUGAAUAAUGUUAUUUACAUACAAAUCACUGUACAAAAGCAUCCUCGGAGCUGUCUGGGUAUCGGGUGGUAUAGUGAGGCCUUAGGUGCCUUGGGGUACGUGGUUGUGCCAUCCAGGCUGUAUAUCCUGAAGUAGGGUAGAAAAGGGGAUCUUUGUGGGUGUGUGAUUGCUACAUACUGCUUCAGCUGCUGUUUUUUCUGAUUUAUUUUUGUCAGUUGGAUUUGUUUCUUUUAUCGUGCUUGUUGGUGUUUUGGUUAUCAUGUUGCCACCAGAUGGGAAGCCAGUUCUCAUUAUUACCACGUUUUAGUAAGGGCAGUUUAAUAUUUGCAAACAUGCUUUUAGGAGCUAAAAAUGUCAUUGUUGCUCUAUUCUGUUUUUAAGAAACUGUUGACUGGUAAACAGUAUACAUGCUAAUAAGUAUAAGGUGUGCCAUACAUUUUUCAAAUUUUAAAAGAAAGUUCUGAUUGAGCUAUUUAAGAAAGCUCAGCGUACUCUGUUGUCAUUCGUUAUUUAUUGCACUGUAGAAAGUGUCUGUUGUGAUAGACUUCUUAAUGUUCACCUAUCGUAGGUGGAUUGUCUCUGUUUAAUGUGCACAUUAAUCCAUUUUUAAGUGAAUGUAAGAAAAUGAAAACUACUGCAUUUGUGUCUUUGAAGGCAAAGACCCUUGGAUUUUAAAGGAAAAUGGUGUGCUUUGAAGGCACUCACACACUCUGGCUGGAAGGGAAAGCCGUUCUCUUUCAGUUAUUACAGAGCAUCACGUGGCUCACAGUAAUUCUGUCACAGCAUCAGACAUGGUCUUUAUUUUCACUUGUUAUCAUAGCCAUAACAGCCAUUAGUAGCUUUAAUCCUCAUAUUGCUUUCACCUGGGAAGUUUCUGCAAGUCUUCAAGCCUAACACAUCUAUUAUGAAGAUUGUCUCUUAUUAUGCCAGUUUAAAGAAAAAUUUCCUCCAUACUAUUUAGUGUAUCUAUUCUGUUUGUCAGAGAGCCAUUUUAAGAUAUGUCUCCCCUGUAAUGAUGAUAGAUGGUUUUUGUCUUUCAGGAAAUUUAUCCACCUUCACUCUGAACUCUUCUUUGCCUUAAAGGGACACUUUUGGGCUCUAACAUGGGGCUAUUAAGAAAUUACCUUAUUCAUGUGAUAAAUUUACAGUUUUAAAUUAAUUCACUGUGGGGAGAAGACUAUGGAAGAGAUUAAAAAUUUUCUGAUGAUAUGAGAACUAGACUAGAUUAUUCACUUUAUUGUUUAAACAAAGGUCUUUUUGAGUUUUUAUUGUUCAAAUAGACUGGAUAGGUAAUUUUAUGCAGGGAUUGUUUUGAAAUAAACAAAAGAGGGAAAUGGUAACCCACAGAUUAGCUUUAUUGAUAGCACUGCUUUAUUUUUAUAUAAAAUCUAAUAUUUGAAGUGAUCAUUGCUAUACAGUCAGAUUCUUUCUUCUAUUCUAAUAUUAUAUAUUUCAGGCUUCUAUUUGAAAAGCAUAAGAGAUGAUACUUUAAGAGAAUCCUAAAUAUACUUUUUUGCUUCACUGACUUAUAUAAUCAUUGUAUUUCAUAACUGCUUUUGGGAUAAUAGUUUUGUGAAAUGCUGGCCUUGUGUAUAUCUUAGUAUGCAAAUUUAAUAAAGUAUGUAAGCAUUUAUCAAA